AUGUCGGAAGAAGUGCCAACUGAGCAAUACAAAGCGUUGACGCAAAAGGCGCUGGAAGCUAGAGAUGCGUCUUACUCACCCUAUUCGAAGUAUCGUGUUGGUUGCUGUAUUCUCACGAAAACCGGCGAAUUCAUAAGUGGAGCCAAUGUCGAAAAUGCGAGCUACGGCGGCACCAUUUGUGCCGAACGCACGGCAGCGGUUAAGGCUGUCACCUCAGGCCAUGCCGACGACUGGGUGGCCGUUGCCAUCGCUGGAGACUCUCUCAGCAAUUGCAUCUCGCCAUGCGGUAUCUGCAGACAAGUGUUGCGCGAAUUUCUGCCUCGUCCGGCACCUAUCGUUAUGCUCAAUGGGGAUGCGUCUCGCCAGGUUGUAAGAUCGCUAGAAGAACUGCUGCCGCUAAGUUUCGGGCCAGAUGACUUGAACGAAGCCUAG